AUGGGUCGUGCUGCGUAUUCCGACGUGGCCCGAGAGGAAGGCGUCGAUAUCAUAGGGCCCAGUGCAAUCCCGAUAGAAGAGGGCGCUCCAGUACCCCGAGAGAUGACUUUUGACGAGAUCCAGCAGGUGAUUUCGGAUUUUGUAUACGCUUCGAUGAAAGCGAUGGAAGCCGGUUUUAAUGGAGUUGAGGUUCAUGGUGCGAAUGGGUAUUUGCUAGAUCAGUUUCUUCAAGACACCAGUAACCAGCGCCAAGGUGAGUUCGGCAGUAGUGUGAAGAAUCGAUCUCGUCUUUUGGAUUGUGUGAUUAAGGCUGUUGCGAACGCUAUUGGUCCUGAUCGUUUCGGGCUUCGAUUGAGUCUAUGGAGUGUGUUUCAGGGUAUGCGCAUGUCGGGUCUAAUCCCACAAUUCACGAAUAUCAUUCUCAAGGCCAGAAAAUUCAAUAUUGCCUAUCUUCACUUGAUUGAAGGACGAGUGACCGGCGCGAGAGACAAUGACAGUCAUGAUACACUGGACUUUGCAUAUGAUCUUUGGACUGGCCCUGUUCUGGUUGCCGGUGGUUACACUCUAUCAGAGGCAAGGAGAUUGCUUGAUGAGAUACACCCGGAUAAAAAGAUUUUGGUCGUUUUCGGUCGAUAUUUCAUCUCGAAUCGUGAUCUUGCUUUCAGAAUGAGAGAGGGGUUAGAGCUCACUGCGUACAGAAGGGAUACGUUUUAUGCGGUCGGCUCGCCUGUGGGAUAUUCAGAUUAUGCAUUUAGCAAGUAA